GAGCAGGAACGAGAGAGUUACAGCUGCCCUCACCAUGAGCCCUGCCCUCCUGCUGGCCCUCCAGGGCAUCACCCUCCUGCUGCCAGGAGUGCAGGCCCUGACCUGUCAGUCGUGGAGAGCUCAGGCUGUGAAGAAUGUAUCGGAAAUGCCGCUCCACUGGACAGUGACUAACAAGCAAACCUGUGAGGACGGCUGGGGUUGCCAAGACACAAUGAUGCUCAUUGAGAAUGGACCCCUAGUGAAUUUGGUGCUCAGCAAGGGCUGCACCCUGGAGGCAGAUCAGGAGGCCCGCGUCACCCAGCACAGUGCAGGCCCGGGCGUCUCCAUCGUCUCCUACACCCACGUGUGUCGCAACAGGGACUUAUGCAACGAUGUCCCCAACACAGUCCCUCUCUGGGACUGGCUCCCUCCCACAGUCCCAGGGUCCCUGCGGUGUCCAGUCUGUUUGUCCACAGAAGGCUGUCUGUCUGCAACAGAGCUGCCCUGCCCUGCUGGGAUAAUGCAUUGCUACAACGGGAUCCUCCUUUUCAGGGGAGGGGACAUCGCCACCAAUCUGAGAGUCCAAGGUUGCACGUCCCAAGCAGGCUGCAACCUGCUUAAUGACACUCAAAAAGUCGGGGCCCUGACUGUGAGCGAGAACUGCGAUCCUAAAGCUCUUCUGACCUGUCACCGAGGGCUCAUGUCCGCGACACUGCCAAACUUGGCUCAGACACCCAUCGAAUGGACCGAGGGUGGUUACCAGACAUGUGAUAUUGGGGAGAUGUGUCAGGAGACGCUUCUGCUCGUAGACGUAGGACACAGAUCACUCAUAGUGGGGAGCAGAGGCUGCAGCAAGAUCAGGAUACAGAAUUCCCCGACUGUCACCAUUCACUCGGGGCCUCUCGGAAUUCUCAUCGCCUCCUAUGCCCGGUUCUGCUCCUCCAACGGGUGCAACAGAGCCAAGAGCAGCAGCGUCCUAUUGGAUGCCCUGCCUCGUCAAGCUGCCCCUGUACCAGGAGACCUGCAGUGUCCUGUCUCUGUGAAGUUAGGAUCCUUCGCACAAAACUCUGAAAAUGUUAUCUGCCCUAAGGGCACCACUCGUUGUUACCGGGGUUCCUUUCGACUCAGGGGAGGUGGGCUGUCUGCCUCAGUGAACCUUCAGGGCUGCAUGGCCAAACCUUCCAGGUAUUUGUUGAAUCAUGCCAAGAAUAUUGGGGUCUUCUCUGUGAUUGAGAACUCUGGGUAUGAGAAUGAGAAUCAGCCUCCUCUUCAAGACAAAGCUGCCCCUACCUCCUACGUGGCUUUGGUGGGGGGGCUGGGGUUAUCCCUAGCCCUUUGUUGUGGGGUGCUCUCCCUGUUGACCCCAUUACCCUUGAUUCUUAGACCUUGCUGA